AUGAGCUGUUUAAAGUUUAACAUUCAUUACAUUUAUUUCAGUAAAUUAAGUGAUACUCGAUGUGUAACAGUCAUUGCCUGGGAUGUGGACCCUUGUGACAGCAGUCCUUGUGUCAAUCACGCUACAUGUAUAAGAAGUGGAUACACAUCUGAUUACACAUGUAACUGUGUUCAAGGAUACACUGAUAUCCAAUGCCAAACAAACAUAGAUGAAUGUGCAUCAGCACCGUGUCAACAUGAAAGUACAUGUGUUGAUCAUAUCAACGACUACUCGUGUAUUUGCACAGCAGGGUACAGUGGUAUACAAUGUCAAACAGACAUAAAUGAAUGUGCAUCACACCCUUGCCAACAUGGCGGAGAUUGUUCAAAUCUUAUUGAUGCUUACCUUUGUCAUUGUCCAUUGGGAUACACAGGAAUUAACUGUCAAAUAGACAUAGAUGAAUGUUUUAGCCAUCCUUGUCAAAAUGGUGCCACGUGUAUAAAUCUCGUUGGUGACUUUAAUUGUAGUUGUGUAAAUGGAUACACUGGCAGAAAUUGUGAAACUGAUAUAGAUGAAUGUUCCAGCAAUCCGUGCUACAACAACGGUACGUGUGUAGAUAAAAUUACAUCGUGGUCGUGUGCAUGCAUACCUGGAUACAAUGGAACGCAGUGUCAGACAGAUAUAGAUGAAUGCUCAAGCAGUCCUUGUCAACAUAACGGAACCUGCAUUAACCAAAUAAAUGGUUAUAGAUGUCGGUGUAAGAAUGAUUCUGCUGGAGAUAACUGUCAAAUAUGGAUGGAUCGCUGUUCUUCUGAUCCUUGUUUGAACGGUGGUGCCUGUUUGAAUCGUUACAAUGGAUACAGAUGCACGUGUCCACAGUCAUGGUAUGGUGACGUAUGUGAAUACCGCCAGAGCAAUCAAACAGAGGUAUGUAGCGACCUGGAUUACACAGAAUGUUCUUGUCAUGUGAGUAAGUUCAAGUUCAUUCAGCGAAAAUCUCACAGAUUUCUGUUUGGCUUCGUUGGGUUUUUGAAUGGACUUCUUGGAACUGUAUUAUUCUACAUAAUUUGGAAUUUGUGUAGAAGAGUACCCGAUAAAAAUAACAAAGUAAACACCAUAGUUCAACCACGAAAGAACAAUAUAAUAACUUUGUCAGACUUAGAGGCAGAAGAAUCAGGUGACACAAGCAAUAGUAUUCUGAAUAACCAAUCCGACAAUGACUAUAUUGGAGGAUGUGAGUGUUUUAUUGAUCAUACAGGUUAUGAUCAUUUUCAGAGAUUUGACAAAAGAUUGAAAUACAAAUACAGAUUUCACAACUGUCGCAAUAAGAAAGGAUUUAAAAAGGGAAAUCCUGCGAUCACUAAAACACGAACACAUUAAUAUAUGCAGAUACAAUGAUUUAAUAUAAUGAUACGUAGCAUAAAAAAAAUCAUUAUUUUCAGUGAGCUAACAUAUCACAGUGAAAAAAAAAACAUGAAAGCGUGUUGUCGUCCUUACAUAUACUCAUUGAUUUGAGAUGUUGUGCAGCAACGAAAAACGUUUGAUUUUAACCAUGUUCUCGUCCAAAUGGACCGAUUGGAAAACGGUUGUAGUGAUUACGAACAAAGUUGAAGACCGUAAACUGUGUGUUGCUUGUAUGUCAGUCCUUCUCGAUUUAUUGAUUUGGUGUCAUACCGAUAGAACAGUGCUUUCUUUGCAUUUGUAUUACGGACCUUGCUUCUACGAUAUAUUUAAGUAGCCUUUCAUAUGAAUAAGAAGAUUUGGUACGAUUGUCAACAAUUAGUUAGUUUUGUUCGUAGUGUGUAACAACACUGUAUUUUCAGUCUACGAUAUAAAAUGCAUGUGGUACAUAAUUUAUGUAACUGCAUAUUUGAUUAAGUCACUUUUUUAAUAACUAUCAACAUAAUUUUAUUAAAAGUUGACUAUACUUUUAAAACCUCUUGUUAUAUCAUAAAAGCGAGAGGUUUGGCUAGCCAAAACACCUUGUUUAUUCAACUA